AAUCGUAUUGAUUGACAAAUGAAAGCUUGGUCUAUAAGUGUUGUUGGCAAAUGAGAGUAUGACAAGAAGGGUUGCGUUUUGUUGCCGCGUCAUAGUGGUUGAACCGUCCAAAUCUGACUUUUUAAUUUUAUACAACUUAGCAUAAAACAAUAUGAGUAUUAAUUAAGAAUAUUUGGUAUGUAUCUAUGUAUUGACUUGUUCCUUCCAUUAGAUCUUUGUAUUGAUUGAUGUUAUUUUCUCCUAUCCAAUGAAUGACUUUUUAUUGCCGAUGCCGCCUCUCUCUGCUUUCCUUGAUAUUGGUGCAACGUUGACAUAAUUCCCUCAUCCAUUUUAUAUUUCUUUGAUUUGAUACGGCCUCCGAGCAGGGAAGAUGGUAGAAAAUGCAGGUGAAAACAAGGUUGGCCCUCCACAACUUACCUGGCACCGGAAAUUAAACAAUGAAGGAAAUAUUGCUCCAUCAGAAUUCACCUUAUCUUUAAAAGAGAUGGUUCAUCUGGCUCCAAUUGGUUACCGACUAUGGCGCCAUGUUCGGGAAGAAGCUGCCAAAGGAAGGGGUGGAAUGAUCGAUCCUUUUGCUAAGCGUCAUGUAACAUCUUGCCAUGGUGUUCCUUUAGGUGGUGUUGGUGCAGGAAGCAUUGGAAGAAGUUUUAGAGGUGAAUUUCAGCGUUGGCAACUAUUCCCUAUAACAUGCGAAGAGAAACCGGUUUUAGCAAAUCAGUUUUCUGUUUUCGUUUCACGUCCAAAUGGUGAAAAAUAUUCAAGCGUACUAAAUCCAGAGAAGCCAGAUAUAUUGAAAGAAAAUCCAGCGUCGGGUAUUGAAUCAUGGGAUUGGAAUAUGAAUGGAAAGAGUUCCACAUAUCAUGCAUUAUACCCAAGGGCUUGGACAGUACAUGAGGAACCUGAUCCAGCAUUGAAAAUAGUUUGUCGCCAGAUUUCACCUGUUAUACCCCAUAAUUACAAGGAGAGUAGCUUUCCUGUAUCAGUUUUUACUUUUACGCUGAAUAAUUUUGGAAAAACAACAGCAGAUGUCACCUUGCUUUUCACAUGGGCUAAUUCUGUUGGAGGACUUUCUGAAUUUACUGGUCAUCACUUCAAUUCAAAGAUAAAGAGACCUGAUGGGGUGCAUGGGGUGCUUCUACAUCACAAGACUGCAAAUGAGCAAUCUCCAGUCACAUUUGCAAUUGCAGCACAAGAGACUGAAUAUGUUCAUAUCUCAGAAUGCCCUGUCUUUGUUAUAUCUGGUUCUUACAAUGGUAUCUCGGCGAAGGACAUGUGGCAUGAAGUUAAACAGCAUGGCUCGUUUGACCAUCUGAAUUAUACGGAAACAACUGUGCCUUCACAACCAGGAUCAUCCAUUGGAGCAGCUAUUGCAGCAACUGUGACCAUUCCGUCUGAUGCUCAGCGUAAGGUGACAUUUUCAUUGGCAUGGGACUGCCCUGAAGUAAAGUUUCCUGGAGGACGGACCUAUUACAGGCGUUACACUAAAUUCUAUGGUACUAAAGGAGAUGCUGCUGCAGAUAUUGCACAUGAUGCUAUUAUUGAACAUUCUCAGUGGGAGUCCCAGAUUGAAGAUUGGCAAAGACCAAUCCUUGAGGACAAGAGACUUCCUGAAUGGUACCCAACUACCCUUUUGAAUGAACUUUACUAUCUGAAUUCUGGGGGGUCAAUUUGGACAGAUGGGUCGCCUCCUGUGCAUAGUUUAGUUGACAUAGGAGAAAGAAAAUUUUCCCUGGACGGAUUCAUAUCUGAUUUAGAGAAUAGCAAGAACAUAUCACAUCAAAAUGAUACUGCUAUUAACAUUCUUGAAAGAUUUACCUCAGCCCUUGAGCAAAUACAAACUCCACCUGCAUCAAAGUCUGCAUAUGGAGUAAAUCUUCUCCAAGAAGGGGAAGAAAACGUUGGUCAAUUUCUUUAUCUUGAAGGAGUUGAGUAUCAAAUGUGGAAUACCUACGACGUACAUUUUUACUCAUCAUUUUCACUAGUCAUGUUAUUUCCAAAACUUGAACUUAGUGUUCAAAGAGACUUUGCUGCAGCAGUACUGAUGCAUGAUCCUGGAAAGAUGAAACUUCUACAUGAUGGACAAUUGGCAUCAAGAAAGGUUCUCGGUGCUGUUCCUCAUGAUAUCGGAAUGAAUGACCCGUGGUUUGAAGUAAAUGGAUAUAAUCUUUACAAUACAGAUAGAUGGAAAGACUUGAAUCCAAAAUUUGUUCUUCAGGUUUACAGGGAUGUGGUUGCCACUGGUGACAAGAAGUUUGCACAAGCUGUCUGGCCUUCUGUUUAUAUUGCAAUUGCUUAUAUGGACCAAUUUGACAAGGAUGGUGACGGAAUGAUUGAGAAUGAAGGCUUCCCUGAUCAAACUUACGACACAUGGUCUGUAUCUGGUGUAAGCGCUUAUAGUGGCGGAUUGUGGGUAGCUGCACUACAGGCAGCAUCAGCUUUGGCACGCGAGGUUGGAGACAAGGGUUCCCAAGUUUAUUUUUGGCUCAAAUUUCAAAAAGCAAAGACUGUAUAUGAGAAAUUAUGGAAUGGUUCGUACUUCAAUUAUGAUAGUAGUGGUGGAAGUUCAAGAUCAUCAAUUCAAGCUGAUCAAUUAGCUGGACAGUGGUAUGCUAGAGCAUGUGGUCUUUUGCCAAUUGUUGAAGAAAAGAAGAUUAGAAGUGCACUUGAGAUGGUUUAUGACAACAACGUUAUGAAAGUAAAGGGUGGGAAACGUGGCGCUGUAAAUGGGAUGCUACCUGAUGGAAAAGUUGACAUGUCAUCAAUGCAAUCGCGAGAAAUAUGGUCAGGAGUCACGUAUGCCUUAGCUGCAACAAUGAUUCAGGAAAACAUGAUUGAUAUGGCAUUUCAAACUGCUUCUGGGGUUUAUGAAACUGCAUGGUCCAAUCGCGGUCUCGGUUAUUCUUUCCAAACUCCAGAAGCGUGGACUACUAAAGAUGAAUAUAGAUCUUUAUGUUACAUGCGCCCAUUAGCCAUAUGGGCAAUGCAGUGGGCACUCUCAAAAGAAAAGCUCACUCAAAAUGAGAUUAAUAAAUCUGAUGAUAUAAAGGAGGAAGAUAUUGUGUCUAGAUGCCAUGAUGGUUUUUCCAAAGUGGCUCACCUUCUAAAGUUGAAGGAGGAAACUUCAUCCAGAAGUCUAUUUCAGCUUAUAUAUGACUUUACUUGCAAGAGGGUAUGAGCAUAGAUAAAUAAAUAUCCUUGUUCUGUAGAUUGUGUAUAACAUUACAUACUGCACCUUCUACUUCAUAUCAUAUACUAUAGAAUAAUGUGAUGUCACGCCUUGUUAUUUCUACAUCAGCGUUCCAGUUAGUCUGGCCAACAUUACCAUAUUUUUUAGUAGACUUAAAUGCAUUUUUUAUCUUUCUAUUU